AUGACCGACGAGCCGAGAUACAUGCCCAACAACCAGCCGCUUCGGGCCUUGUCAAAGACCCCGAAGCUGCUGUUUCAAGCCGCCUUGGAGGAGUUUGUCGAAAAGAAUGAAGUACCAACAACUUUUGAAGAGGGGCAUCUCUCUGGAAUCUUUGCUGGAUUUACUGGUAUCCCUUACAUGUUCCUGCAGCUGUCGGAGCUGCACCCCGACGUGCAAGUGAAGGGCGAAAGCCUUCGCCAGUUGGCUGAGCGCUACAUUAAGGUCGGCUCAGAUGCCCCAAUGCUAAAACAAGACAUUGAAUGUGGCCUCAUCAGUGAGAAGCUCGGCAGAGAAGCGCUGACAGCCUGCUUGUCAGGAGACGAGAAAGACGUGGAGCGUUUUAUCGCCAGCACUGCUGACAUAGCUAGUCCGCCUUCAAUGACAGACGAGCCAAUAGCAAACGAGAUCCUGUAUGGCAGAGCUGGUGUCUUGUUUCUACUGAGACUGGUUCGUCAUUGGGUACCCCAGAGUCGGGCAAGGCUGGAGGCACAGAUGAGGACCAUUGCCGGCCGGAUCAUGGAGUCCAACAAUCAUGGACUAGAUAGCUGGGUCUGGAUCAACAAGAAGUUUGUUGGUGCUGUUCAUGGAGACAUCGGUAUCAUUACGCAAUUGGUCAUGUGCCUACCAGAAUUGGCUGCUGCACUCGAGCCACACCUGCUACGGCUUCUUUCCAUGCAGUUCGAGGACGGAAACUGGCCAAAGUACAUGGACGAGGGCGAGACGGAAUCCGACAUUGUCCAGUUUUGCCACGGGGCUCCAGGCUUUGUGAUUAGUCUGCAAGCUCUGCGACCAUACUAUCCGCAUCUCAGUGCUGCUUUCGACCACUCUAUUGCCAAAGGAGUCGAAAUUACGUGGGCCAAAGGUUUGCUGCGUAAAGAGCCGGCCUUGUGUCAUGGAAUUAUGGGAAACGCACUGGCUUUGCCUCGAGGAGAGAAACGUGACCAUUUCUUGGCACUUGUUGAACCCCAGGCGAUUGAUGAGAUGAAGAAGAAAGACCCAACCGCGUUUGGCACGGCCAACUAUGGCAUGAGAUAUUGCAUACCUAUGAUUUACUCGAUGAGUGCGGUCUGGGUGUGGGGUGUUUGUGAGCAAGACUGCCCUCCAUUCUUUGCUUUCAGCGACGUAUAG